GCGUAUAUAAACUCAGCAAUGCGCUUCAAAAAGACUCACUUGGAUGGAGGAGACCUGGUCAACACCACUCAAACCUCCUUGUUUGUAAAAAGGAAAAUACUAUUUGUGUAAUUAUUGUCAUGAUUGGGCAACACUGCAGCUAUUGGAGGCCCCUUGGUGAAAUUGAUAACGUUUGGGAAGCAGUAAAGUAUCUCACAGAAGAGACACACAGCUGUUCAUUAUUUAACACCUGUGCGAUGUACGAGUGACGAGUCCAUGGGCUAGUGACAUACUCUCAAGAUUUGGAACUGUAACAUUGAAGAAAGAAAGAUUAUAAGAUCCGCCAUGAUGUUUCUGGUUCAGUGGACUCCCUAUCAACGCGCCGGCUUCUGCACCGUCAUUGUAUUGUGUUCCCUCGCUGUUUUCUUUGCGUGCAACAACGUCAACAUCAACUCGAAUUAUGACAUCUUCAAAAUUCUUCGCCCUCCAGGCAUCUCUGAAGAGGUCAACGGAAAUGACUCAGAGGUCCAAGUUUUUGAGGAGCAAAUAAGGCAGGAGAUGAGGAAUCUCACGGCGGUGCCCACUAAUAGGACGAUAAUAUUGAUCUGGUUGUGGCCUUUCAAUUACAAAUUUAGCCCCGAAUGCAUUGGAUCUGAUUUGAGCGGACUACACUUUACCGACAACAGAUCCCUGUAUAACCAGGCUCACCUGGUCUUCUUCCAUCACAGGGAUAUCCGGACUGAUCUUUCCAACAUGCCCAAGGAGCCACGACCAUGGUUUCAGAAAUGGGUGUGGAUGAACAAAGAGUCCCCUGCUAAUUGCCAUCGAAUUCCUCAGGCCACUAGCCUGUUUAAUUUAACAAACAACUACAGGCUGGAUUCGACGGUGCCAGGACGAUACGGAGAAAUAGCUCAACGCAAAACCGCCAAGGAUGAUUUUAAAUUACCAGCUAAGGACAAACUGGUAUGUUGGAUUGUUAGUAACUGGAACCAAAAUUACAAAAGAGUCCAUUUCUACAAUGAACUGAAAAAGCAUAUCCAUAUUCAUACUUAUGGGGCCGCAUUUGGAUUGAAAGUUAGCAGAGAUGAGGCAGACCAGUUAAUUACUAGCUGUAAGUUCUACCUGUCCUUUGAGAACUCUAUCUUUAAAGACUACAUCACAGAGAAGGUUUACAAUCCCCUGUCAAUGGGAACAGUGCCAGUUGUUCUAGGUCCUUCUAGAAAUAAUUAUGAGGAGCACAUUCCUGGUAGUUCAUUCAUCCACAUCGAGGACUUUGAUACUCCAAAGAAGCUUGCUGACAGACUACACUACCUCGACCAGAAUCAAGAAGAGUACAUGAGUUACUUUCUCUGGAGACGGGAAUUUGUGGCCAAACAUGGAGGGUGGGGCAUGGAUGUUUGCCGUACAUACAAAUAUAUGAAAAACGCCCCUGGAUUCCAAACAAUUAACGAUCUAAACAAAUGGUUCUGGGGUUAAGAAAAAAGGGUUAGGGCUAGGUUUGCAUUUUUGGAUAAACCUUUGGGUAAUAAUUUGCCACCUUUGGGUGCAGUACCACGAUUGGGUUUAUUAGUAGUUUGGGGUAUUGGUAUCCACCUAAUAAUAGUCAUAUGUUUCUUUAUACAAUAACAAAAUGGUCAUAUAAGAAAAAUGGGCUAACUGCUCCAAUUUUAUUGGCCAAUAUUCCUCAAACGGAACUAAGUAAAACAAAUUCUGUUCUAUGAUUUUUGUGAGGCUUGGUUUUAAGAUUUUAUGUGGUGAUUUUGGUGAAUUUUAGAUUAUUUUUGUAGCCUGUGAAUCAUUUUAUCAUGUUUAGCUUUGAUAUGAAAUUGUGGGAAAAUUAUAAAUUUUUAGGGCAUAAGACCCGGGUUUUAUAAACGCUUCUGUUUCUAGAGAUUAAUAUUCUGAAAGAAUUUUGAGUCCCGGUCACUCUGGUGAGGAGAAAUAAGCCUAAUUCAUGAUUUUUUACAAUAGCGCCACCUUUGGGUGCAGUACCACAAAUUUGGGUUUAUGGUAGUGGUGGUUAUUGAUAACAAUGCCUGAAAGGUUUAAGAGUUUUCGACUUACGGUAUAGGCUGCAGUAGGACUUUUGCAUACUGCAGCCUUCGCUGCUUGGACCCCUGGCGGGGAAGAGUCCAACUCGCGAUGGUCCAAACACCCCCCCCCCCCCCAGGAUCCCUUGCGGCACCCUGAACGUUGGCCACAAUAUGUUUAUUUAAUAUAGCGCCUUUCUCAUACUCAAGGUCGCUUUACAGUGUCAUGAGCUCACACAGAACAAGACGGCACAGCAAAAAAAAAGAUAAAAUAAAAAUUAAUAAUAUAUACAAUGGAAUGAAUGGAAUGGAAGGGAAUAGUAUAGUCAAGCUUUCUUUGGGAUAAUCAUUUAUAAUAUUGGACAAUCAUGGAUAAUACAUGUUUUAUGUUGACCUGAUCCUACUGUUGGCAGGUUUAGGGGGAUUUUAUAUUAUUCCUUUUGCCUUACUCCUUUUUAUACACCUAUGUAUCCACCAUUAGAUUUUCAUUCCGAAAACUGUAUUUUGUCCAUGUAAAUGUGAGCAUAUAUUUAGUCAGACAUGUUCGAUGUUCAUAGUUGAUUAAAGUUCUGAUAAAACAUAA